GCAGCUUCCAGCCUACUGACCCGGUUUCUCACGCUGAGUCUGCAGCCCAGCACCAUGCUCCAGGGUGCCUUGGAGCCUGAUGGCCUCAGCUGGGGCUGGGAUGGGGAGGAUGACUGGGAUGGCGCUGUCCUGACCCUGCUGGCACUGGCUGUGGUGGCUGCCACGGCACUGGCCUUGCACUGGUUUGGCUCUGGGCAGGACCAGGAGGCAGCAGGACCCACAUCCACAACCCCUGGUGCCCAGCCUUCUCAGGCGGGAGGAGCCAGGCCAGUCCUGUCCCUGAAGUCCAAGGUCAGUGGUGACGUCGAGGGACACAGCUCAGGGCAGGGGAAACCAGACCCUCCAGGAUGUGGCCAGGGGAGUCCGGCUGCAGCAGGGACCCAGGAUCAGAAGCUCUGGGGAGGUGGAGGUCUGGCUGCUGCAGCUGUACCUCCACUCAAGACAACUGGCGAGGUGACCACUGGAGGGGCCCUGGGACAGCAGCAAGGUAAUGCCAGUCCAGAAGCCCCCCAAGGUAAAGGAAGGGAGCCUCUCAGGCCAGGUACUGCCCUCCUGGGUAGGAGCAAAGUAGGGGGGACAUCUGGCCCCAUCCUGAUACACUUCACCCCUCGGAGUCCUGGCAGAGAGAUGGAAGGACAGGUGGAGGCAGGAGGCGUCCAAGUCAAGGUGCCAACUCACCAGGGCCUGGUCCACACCACAGAACUGGACACCAGUCCCUGGCAACAAGGUGUAGGGCCACCUGGCUCACUAGAGAGAGGCCCCAGCAGCCGGCGGUGGCAGGUGGGCCGCAGCUCAGGAGAUAGAAAACUCCACUUCCCGAAGCUGGACUCCCUGCGCCUGGGUGCCGUGGUGAGUGUGUGGGAGGCUGUGGAUGCAGCCAGCAGCCUCUCCACAGGCUCUCAGAGGCCCCCUAUCCCCCAGGAGCUGCCUCCAUCACACACCACACAGAGUGGGGCCCUGGCUGAGGGCACAGAGAAGGGGUGCAGGGAGAGCAGCCUCCAACCAGCUCCAGUCCUAGCUCUGGAGAGCAGGGAGGCUGGGCCCCAGGCUCCCAGGGAGUCUCAGGGAUCCCCAGCCUCCAUGGAAGGCUGGCCCUGGGAGAGGAGGGACGUUCUUGUCACCAGGAGCUUCAGCCAGGCCCCAGGCUCCAUAGGCCCAUGGCCAGAGGGGUCGCAGUGUGGAUACCCACUCUUGUCUCAAGGGUGGGGGACCACAGACACCAGCAAUGCGGAAAAGGCUGGGGCUGACGGCUCUGAAGUUGGCUCUUUCUUCAGCUCAGGGCCGGGUGGGACAGAGGAGCGAGCGGGCCAUGGCAUCAGAGAUGGGAAAGAAUCCCAGCAAGGCCAGGGGCAGCUGAGCAGUGAGCGGGAAGGAGGUGGUGGGGACAGAGGAAAGCCCUCCACAGACACAGCCUGCAGUGUCCCCUCCCUGAGUCCCUCAGCCAUGCCCUCCCCAUGCAUCCCUACGCCCCUUCCACCCUUGGCUUCCCCUCUGAAAGCGCGUCCCCACGGAGGUCUCUUACCUGAAGGCCCAACUCUUCCGAUCUCCUCUCCUUCAGACUCUUUGUACCUCAGAGUCAGCCAGGGUCCAGCGGAGGAUGAAACUCUCAGUGCAGUGCGAGCCCCCGCUGCAGCCCCAGCCCCAGCCCCAAUUCCAGCCGCAGCCUCAGCCUCAACCGCAUCCCCAGCCCUAGCGUCAGCCCCAACCCCAUCCCUGGCCCCAGCCCCAGCCCCAUCCCGUGCCCCCAGCAGUGGGUCAAGGCCUAUGUCCCAGGAGCACAGUGUGGCUCUCCACAAGGACAAGCAGGAGGGGCAAAUCUCAACCAGCUGGGAAAACCUUAUUUCCAUGGUUCUUAGGAGUCACCCUCUCCCCAGGCAAGAGAGACCCCAAGGGAGAGCCCCAAGGGCAGCUCCCGGGAGCCCUAGAGAUCCCAGCACUGGUGCACCCUCUGAGACCAGACAGUCUGGUUCUCCCCGUGAAGGCGAAGCCCCCAGCCUGGAGGUCAGGAAUGGCUCCUCAGAUGGAAUGGUCCCAGGGGCAGACACAGGGGGCCUGGCUGAGGCUGGACGUCAGCCACAGCUGAGCAGCUUAGAGACCAAGGAGGCUCCCACCCCAGACCCUCCCUCAGCUCUGAGAGGCGAUGCAGUGGAGGAGAAGCGGGCAGAAGGCGGGCAGCAGAGGCUGCCCAGAGCCACAAUGCCCAGGGCCCCAUCACAGCCCCCUGAGCCUCCGCAACCUGGCCCCGAACCCUCCCCCACUGGGGGGGGCGCCUCGCAGCGGGUCCCGCAGCCACGGAAACGCAGCGUGUGUGAAAGAGCAGAAAGCUCUGAGCGUGGGGUCAGCCAGGCGUUGCCACCCAGGCGCCAGGGACGGGCUCCAGGGGAGAAGCCCCGCCCUGCAGGCAGCGGGGUAGUCUUCACCGAAAAGCAGAAAGAGGCCCGAAAGCUCAUGGUGCUUCUGCAGAGGCCGGGGAGCUGGGGGGUGGUGGAGGGGCCGCGGAGGCCCAGCUCCCUCGUCCGGGAGCCGGCUUCGGCAGCAGCUCUGCGACAACGGCUGGACCUGGGCAACUGCCUGGACGUCCUGGCCUUCGCCCAGCGGCACGGGGAGCCCCGCCUGGCGCAGGAGACCUAUGCCUUGAUGAGCGACAACCUGCUGCACGUGCUGGGAGACCCGAACCUCUACCGGCAGCUGAGCGGAGCGGACCGGGAGCGUAUCCUGAGCCUUCGGACUGGCCGGGGCCAGGCGGUGCUGGGGGUCCUUGUGGUGCCCAGCCUCUACCAGGUGAGCCGCUCAGGGCUCACCAGGGGCCCUUGUGGGGAGGAGGCUCCUACCACAGGGCCUGCACCCCUGCCUCCCCGCACGCACCUGCACGUGUUCAACCCCCGCGAAAACACCUGGCGGCCCCUGACUCAGGUGCCGGAGGAGGCCCCGCUGCGGGGCUGCGGUCUCUGCACCAUGCACAACUACCUGUUCCUGGCGGGCGGCAUCCGUGGCUCUGGGGCCAAGGCCGCCUGCUCCAACGAGGUCUUCUGCUACAACCCGCUGACCAACAUCUGGAGCCGAGUGCGGCCCAUGCAGCAGGCCCGUGCCCAGCUCAAGCUGGUGGCCCUGGACGGGCUGCUUUACGCCAUCGGUGGCGAGUGCCUGUAUAGCAUGGAGCGCUAUGACCCGCGCACGGACGCCUGGACCUCGCGCGCGCCCCUCCCUGCGGGCACCUUCCCUGUGGCGCACGAGGCUGUGGCCUGCCGUGGGGACAUCUAUGUCACUGGGGGCCAUCUCUUCUACCGCCUGCUGAGGUACCGCCCUGGGAAGGAUGCGUGGGACGAGUGCCCCUACAGCGCCAGCCACCGGCGUUCCAGCGACAUGGUGGCGUUGGGAGGCUUCCUGUACCGCUUCGACCUUCUGCGGGGCGUGGGCGCUGCGGUGAUGCGUUACAACACCGUGACGGGCUCCUGGAGCCGGGCGGCCUCCUUGCCCCUGCCCGACCCGGCCCCACUGCACUGCACCGCGCUGGGCAACACCAUUUACUGCCUCAACCACCAGGUCACAGCCACCUUUACGGUCUCUGAGGGGACUGCCCAGUUCCAGGCCAGGGAGCUGCAGCCCUUUCCUCUGGGGAGUAAGGGGGUCCUCUGUCCAUUCAUCCUGACUCUGCCUGCCGCGGAUGCACUGCAGACUGCCCUCUGAGCUGCUGCUCCCUAGGGAGACCCGGGGGCUGGGGGUCUGAGGGCAGCUGGGGCACAGAAGGUGGCUGGGAUCCAGAACUUUCUGCCGUUGUUUCUGGGACAGCUUUCUUUUUCUGUUAUAAGAUGACUCGUGAUUUACCCCUUCCAUACUCCCCACCCGGUAAGAGAGAUUUCUCUGUCUGGGAGCUCAGGCUCCUUGUACCUGCGAGCUGGCUGAAGGGCCUCCCUAGCCUGUUUCCCACCCUCCCACCACAGCAUACCGGCUACUGUCUGUAUGACUUAGUUCUUGCCUUCACACCUCAGCUGGCUCACACAGCGCCUCCUCCAGGAUGGUUCUCCUUCUCUGGGCUUCAGGGCCCAGCUCCCUCUCCCAGCACUGCACUGCCUGGAAAAACAUCGGUCUGUGGGUCUACU